AUGGGAAAGAUUACAACGGUGGCAGCUCAUCCCAGCUGUGGACCCCAACAGUCCUCCGCCCCAACUCAUGCCAUGGAAACUCAUGGGCCAAACCCCAAGACCGGCAUCACAGAGGCCUUGAAACACUGUCACUGGGUCGUUGCCAUCGCAGUCCUCGGAACCUUGCUUUUGAAGCUACUGACGGUCGCUUCGACAGGCCUGUUCAUGCUUCAAAAUGUCCAUGUCAGCAAUGUCCCCACCACAUUAACAGCGGAAGCGACAUUUAGCGGCACGGGCUAUAACAGUGCGAACAUUGACAGCAAUGCUGCGCUGAUUGUUGUCGGCAAUAAAUUUCUCGAUCUUCCCUAUCCCGCUGGAACCACGGACAAAUAUGCGUUCAGCCCUUUCCACGGAUCCGAUACGCCAUCAGAAAUCAACUCCACUGACAAGGUGGAUACGUCUAACUACACAAUUCCGGGUGUAACAGCGGUCGAUAUCGUCUCUGGGUUACUUUCUACACUAACAAUUGCAGAUAGCUCUGUGGGCACACUUAUCCAACUAAAUCAUGGCCUCUCUGCCAACUUAGCCGACCCGAAUAAUAGCUAUCUCGAUUCCUUUUAUCGGAUUGCCACUGUUUCAUCCGCGGACAAUUUAGAGCCCUUAUUGGAUGCGGCGAACUUGGAGGCUAUUUCUCGUCCGGUUUACAAUGCAAUUACUGCACAGGUAGCAAGGCAGUACCUCAUGACCUCUGCGAACAAGCCAUUCAAUGGCGUAUACUCGGCAUCCACAGAAAAGCUACUUGUGAGAGAAUUGUCAGUUCGACUCAUGGAAGCCGCGGUGGCGCUUUUGGUUUUGGUGGCAGGGGCGAUGUGCGUGUGGAGACCGGCCAAAUGCACCCCUCGAGACCCUGGCACGAUCUCUGGCAUGGCAACGAUAUUGGCACGAAGCCCCGACUUAUCUAAUCGCCUUGCCGGCAUCAAGAAUAGAAAGGAUCUGAAAUCAUCUCUGGCUGGCGGCCUAUUCGCCUCAGAGAUCGCCAGUAUUGACGGACAACGAAGUUUCAGUAUCAUCACGAAGCAUGAUGCCAAAGAGGACAUGCGGGUUGCCGAAGCGUCCAGCCAGAUAUCCUGGUGGAAACCUCUCGCAAUGUCGCUGGGUUGGCGAAUUCUUACUUUAGCUGUCCCUCUUCUUGUCAUUGCGGGCCUAGAGACCACCUACCAGAUCUCUCAGAAACGAAAUGGCUUGGCUGAUAUCACAUCCGAUGGUUAUAUUCGCUACACCUGGGUAUAUAUCCCUGCGUUUAUCAUGCUCUUGAUACAGGCUCUUUUCGAAUGCAGCCACUUCUCUACUCAGGUCAUUCAGCCAUACCUGGAGUUGAGACGAGGAGGAUUGACCGCACAGGAAAGCUUGAUGGACAAUUACCUGUCGAAACUCACCAUGCAUGCUCUUUGGAGCGCACUCAUCAAAAGAAAGUAUGCAAUUUUUACUACUGCAUUGACUAUGAUCCUGGCACCUUGUUUGACAAUCGCCGCGAGCGGGUUGUAUUCUACCGAAGCUGCUAGCUAUGUGCGAGCAGUGUCUAUCUUGAGAAACGACUCGUUCAACUCGACCGUGGAGCCUCAAGCUUACCACUCGGGACAGAAAGGGAUAGGCCUUACCGGUGCUCUUGUCGUGGGGACCAAUCUUUCAUAUCCAGAUUGGACGUAUGAUGAGGUAGUACUUCCGGCUCUGAAGGAAGGCACGCUCAUGGAUGUGAAAGAAAACACUACGUAUAAGCCCACAAACCAGAGCUCUACGGCUGACAGCAUCUUUGAACUGACCUAUCCUGGUCUUCGUGCUGGCCUCAAUUGUACAGUCCUUGAGGCGAGUCAGAUUUUAGAAACCACUGUAUACAAGGGCUUUGGUUCCUCCAUGUCAGUGUCUUUGUCUCUCGGAGGUGACUGUGAUACUAGUAGCCGGAAAGUCGACAACAAGACUAUUAAGUGGUACAGCAUGACUCUACCACUGAAUGGGACGACCUACAACGGCACUGCCUUUGGCACGUUUCAGGUUACUGAUAUAAUAAAUGAAAUGCCGGAGUGCCCAAAGAUGGUGGGGGUAUAUGGGGUCGUGAGCAACCCCAAUUCGACCGACACCGACGGCAUUCAUACAACAUUCACUGUUCCGGGAUUCAAGAUCCAGUCUGCCAAGCCAGACGAAUCCUCAAGUCGGCGGUUCGCAGACAGCCUUGCCUCACAGCUAGAUUUUGAUUCGUUCUUACCUACGAGCAAUACCGUCACUGCGUACGAUGGAUUCGACAACGUCUUUAUCGCGAUGAUGCAAGACCAGGAGACAUUGACAGUUACGGAUCUCGAACAGGCGGAUCGGGUACCCGUGGUGAUCAAUGCCACACAGCAUCUUUAUCGCGUACUUAUGGCUCAGAGCAUGAACGGAAACUCUCGACUGCCACUAGAACAGGAGACAAAAUACCAGGGGACGGUUGUCGAUCCUACGCGUGUCCGUCUCAAGCAGAGUGCUGUUUCUACCCGGAUCCUGGAAGGGUUUCUGGCCGCUAUGGCUCUUUGUAUUAUGGUGGCGUUCUACUUGGGGCGUCGAACGGAGGUGAUUCCGGUGAACCCAUGUAGCAUCGCUGGGGCUGCGACGUUGUUGGCUGGCUCUGAAAUGCUGAAGCCGGACAUGAUCCCGCCUGGAUCAGAAUGGUGCGACGAUACCGAGUUGGUGAAACGGGGCGUUUUCAAUGGAGUAGUGUUUGGUCUGGGAUGGUGGGAAGGGAAGCGGUUUGCGAUUGACAUUGGGCGGCCGGAGGAAUAG